UCUAAAGUCUGCACGUAAAAUAUAUGUGACACAAACAAUAAAGCAAGACAUUACUUUGUUAUUUGGGCUGAUGAGAAGGCAACUGAAGACGCUUGCCUCUAACCUGAUGAUCUGACUCUCCCAAUGGUAUUCUAUCUUCCAUACAGGUUUUGAAGGGAGUCUCACUCCUGCCAAUGGAGUACAAAAAAACCCAGAGAUUUAAAGUAAGAGGAGAAAGCAAUGCAUACAAGCAACACUUAUACUUUGUGAACAUAUUUGUACAUUAUUUGCAAUUGUAAAGUGUAACAAAAUACACAUCAGGCAAUGUGUAUAAUUUAUUGUGUUUAUUGCGUAAACACUUUCAUUGUGAGUGUGUGUUCUAUUGACAUCUGUAAAAUCUACACAAACCAAAUCAUCCCUGUGGAAGUGAGUACACACAAGUAGCAUCCUACUAUUAGUGUUGAUCUGAGCACACAGAAAGCCUUUUAGUUCCAGAACAGUGACUUGUGAGUGGAGAACAUUUUAAGCAAAGGGAAAGAUUCAUUAGAGAAUUUGAGAAUUUGAUCUGUACCAAGGAGCAGAUCCCAGGGAUCUGUCUACAGUAUGGCCAGUUAUGAGAAGAGGGUCAAAAAGCAAGUGAUGCAAAAGGUAGAGGCUUUCUUAGUUUUGAAGGUGGGUUGAACAUCUUCAGUUAUGGCCGCACAUGGAGUUAUCUAGGAGGAAAUGUUUGACCUAUGUUAUUUAUGUUGCCAGUCUUGAUUUAAAAAUGACAAUACAGGUAUCUGAAUUGAUAACUUGGUCAGAGGCAAGAGGGAAGAAACAUUCAGCUCAGAUUUCAAGAUAAGUUCAACAGAAGGACGGCAUUGCAGGAAGAACAAUUCAGUGCAAGUAUUCAUUACUAGCCAGUUCCUCUUUCUUCUCCUGUUCUAUUUCAUAUGAUAGGUGUAUUUUGCUUUUAGGUUCCCUUUCCAAGAAAGAUAAAGAAAUAACUUUUCAUGGAGAAAUGGAACCAGAGCUCAAGUGAUUUCACUUUGUUAGGGUUGUUUCCACAAAACCAGACAGGCCUUCUGCUUUUGCUGCUCAUCAUCUUUGUCUUCUCUCUGGCCUUGGUUGGCAACUCAACAAUGAUCUACCUCAUUCGUGUGGAUCCCAGGCUGCACACCCCCAUGUACUUUCUCCUCAGUCAACUCUCUCUCAUGGACCUGAUGGAUGUCUCUACCAUUGUUCCUAAAAUGGCAUUCAACUUCCUCUCUGGCCUGAAAAGCAUUACCUUACUGAGCUGUGCAGUUCAAGCCUUUUUCUUUAUGACCAUGGCAGGAUCUGAGGGCUUGCUCCUAGCCUCCAUGGCCUAUGACCGUUUUGUUGCCAUCUGCCACCCCCUUCAUUAUCCCAUUCGCAUGAGCAAAAUGAUGUGUCUGAAGAUGAUCAUAGGGUCCUGGACAUUAGGCUCCAUCAACUCUUUAGCACAUACAGUCUAUGCCUUUCACAUUCCUUACUGCCAUUCGAGGUCCAUUAACCAUUUCUUUUGUGAUGUCCCAGCCAUGUUGCCCCUGGCCUGUAUGGACACUUGGGUUUAUGAGUACAUGGUGUUUGUGAGCACAAGCCUGUUUCUCCCACUUCCUUUCCUUGGCAUCACAGUUUCUUAUGGACGGGUCCUCUUUGCUAUCUUCCAUAUGCACUCAAAAGAGGGAAAGAAAAAGGCUUUCACCACGUGUUCAACUCACUUAACUGUGGUGACAUUUUACUAUGCACCUUUUGCUUAUACUUACCUUCGGCCGAGGAGUCUCCGUACACCCACAGAAGAUAAGAUUCUGGCUGUCUUCUAUACUAUCCUCACCCCUAUGCUCAAUCCCAUCAUCUACAGCCUGAGGAAUAAGGAGGUCCUGGGGGCCAUGUCAAGAGUCUUUGGGAUGUUCUCUUUCGUGAAAACUUGAUAUUUUCUUCACUGCUCCUCCUUCACUUCUGGAGUAGUGCUAUGUAUUGGAAAUAUAAUGUGUGCCACACACGUCAUAACUUUCUGGUGAUUCAUUAGUAGUUAAGAUUAAACAAUAUGUUCAUCAUUGCAUGCUGGUAUAAUUAUUCACAUUUUUAGUUCACAACAUUACAAUAAAUGAUUUUAAUGACAGAUUUUAUAUAGUACAGUACUAUACUACUACAACCUGAGAUAUAUUUUAUGAAUGUACUGUAAUAUGGAUAUGAUUUGUCCUGAUCAUGACAUGUUGUUUCUACAAAAUUAACAUGAAUUAACUGCUUUAUUCAAUUGUUUUGCCUUCAGUCUAUUCAUUAUUAAAAGCCAAUAUAUUGAAUAUUUA